CAAGGUUCUGCUUAACUUGUAUACAUGGCGUCCUUUGUUCCACGCCACGAAUCACACACCCCUUCACCCUCCUCUCUUCUUCUCUUUUCUUCUCCAUGCAAGAAGGAACUGUUCUUCUUCACCAAAUUCUUGAGAAAACCCCAGAAAGUUGGAUACCCUCUCUCUCACUAUCUCAAACCGCCUCUGUUUUUCCUAUACUACCCAAAAGAUCUUUUUUUUUUUCAUUUGUAUUUUAAUCCCACAAGCAAUCUAUCACACCUAACCUCUUCAAACACAAUUUUAUCAGAAGGGUGUAUAUAGUUUCUGAUUGAGAGAGAGAAAGAGAGGUGAAAUGGUGGGGUCAUGUAGGCAGGGUAUGCCUUCAUGGCUUAGUGCUGCUGCAUCAAGGGUUGAAUUUGAAGGAAACGUAGCCUAUGUACCGGGGACUAUGUCGAAAGAAAACAAAGAAGAAAAGUCUUCUCCCAAAACUCUAUCAGAUGUCAAUUUGGGUUUUGGAGAGAGGGCCUUCUCUGCCGCCGGUGCUGCUGUUCUCUCUGCGAUCCUCGUUAACCCUCUAGACGUUGCCAAGACUAGGUUACAAGCGCAGGCUGCUGGUGUUACUUAUCAUGAUCUAUGUCGUAUGGAAUGCUUUGAAACAAACACGAUGCUUCCAGAUAUGAGAUGUUCUCCAUUGUGCACUCGUCCAGCUGCUGGUGCUGAACCUGUAUGCUUGUCGGAUAGUCUACGGUAUAGAGGAACACUUGAUGUCUUCUACAAAGUCAUACGUGAGGAAGGAAUUGCAAGAUUGUGGAGAGGCACAAAUGCAAGUUUGGCAUUGGCCAUACCUUCUGUGGGGAUCUAUUUGCCUUGUUAUGACAUUUUCCGCAAUCAUAUUGAAGAAUUCACAUCAGAGAAUGCUCCAAAUAUGACACCAUAUGUCCCCUUAGUUGCAGGUUCCUUGGCACGCUCAAUAGCUUGUAUCACUUGUUAUCCCAUUGAGCUUGCAAGAACUCGUAUGCAGGCAUUUAAAGAAAUUCGAACUGAUAUGAAGCCUCCAGGUGUGUGGAAGACAUUGGCUGCGAUCAUCUCCCCUGUCAGGAGCACGAACAACCUCCAAAACUCAAUACAGAGCUACCGCAUCUUGUGGACUGGCCUUGGAGCACAACUUGCUCGUGAUGUUCCUUUCUCUGCAAUUUGUUGGUCAACGCUUGAGCCAGUCAGAAGAAAAAUCUUUGGUCUGGUGGGUAAUGAAGCAAGUGUAACCAGUAUCCUGGGGGCAAACUUCUCCGCUGGUUUUGUUGCAGGAAGCCUUGCAGCUGCUGCUACAUGUCCUCUAGAUGUUGCAAGGACCUGGCGGCAGAUAGAGAAGGAUCCCGCCCGAGCAUUGAAUAUGACCACAAAACGAACAUUAGUGGACAUCUGGCGGGAUGGAGGCAUAAAAGGUCUGUUUACAGGAGUCGGUCCCCGGGUUGCUCGUGCUGGCCCUUCAGUUGGAAUUGUCGUUUCCUUCUACGAAGUUGUCAAAUACACAUUGCAUCAGAGGAAUCUAAGCCAGUGAUUGAGUAAGCAAAACGCCAGUAUUCCAGCUCAAAUUGCAUCUUUGUUCCCUGCAGUCUUUGGGCAAUAACUUUGAACAAGGUUUUUACAAGGGUUCAUUGUUUCAAAGGCAUCCCAAUUACUUUGUUCAUUUAGUUCAUAGUUUUGGGCCGUGGACAAGAAGAUUUGUCCGAGCUAAAUGAAAUUGGAGCAUUUAAUCUUCUACAAAAGCAGUUCUUGGCACAUUGCCUCUAAUCUUUUGUUUGAGGUGUAAUAACACAAAGAAGCUUCUGCAUAUUGUGUAAGCUACGGUGGACGAAAUUAAAUAGCAAUCGAGUUUUUUAACUUGUUUCAACGUACCGACAUGAAGUGUGUCCAUGUAAAUGAUCAAGGCCUCGCAAAGACAUUGCUCCUUCUCUUUCGGAACUAAAAGACAAUUGCUGAGUGAACUGUAUUUUUUAUGUGUUAAUUGACCUAAGGUGUACCUUUACUGUUGCUGAGAUGGGGCUUGGCCUCUGAAACGUUGCACGAGUUUCUGUCUCAUACAGCUCGGACCGAAGACCGAUAAAGUUUACGAGAGAUAUGGAGACAC